CGUACGGACGCGGAAUGAAGGGCUCCGACGGAGCGGUAUCAGCGGCCCCAGCGGGCCGCGGUAACAGGCCUUUUGAUGCUGUUGAAGAUUAUCAGGUUAUCCUGCCGAACCUGCCAACAGGAAAAAUUGUGCUGAACACUGUUUUUAUGCACGCAGACGUAAGUGCAAGGCCAUAUCGAGUCGAGGAUUUCAGGGACACGUUGAUUCAUCUUGGGAUGCUCGCCGACGUUGUCACGCUGGGGGCGUAUCAGAUGAAUCACGUCUGGGCUAUCACCUUGAAAGAUGCCACCGCUACGGAGAAGCUGCUCGCCGCAAAGGACGUCAAGGUGAAAGACCGCAAGUGCCUUAUUAUUGACCCUAAUGACCGUGGCGUUCGCUUCAAGAUUCACUGGCUGCUUCAUGGUGUGUCGGACGAAGACGUGCGAACCGCACUCUUGCCGUACGGGAAGGUCAGUGAAGUUUCUAGAGAACGUUGGCGUGCUCAAGGCGUCGCAGACAAGGGCUCAACGACUCGAAUGGUGACCUUGAAGUUGGGUCCUGGAGUCAAGAUUGAUGACCUUCCGCACCAAAUCAAGGUGGCCGGUGAGCUUGCACUGAUUGUUGUACCAGGCAGAGCCCCACUUUGCCUUCGUUGUAAAGCUAGUGGACACAUCCGUAGGGAGUGCCAGGUGCCACGUUGCACUAUUUGCCAUCGCUAUGGCCAUGAGGCAACCCAAUGUGCGAAAAGUUACGCAAGCGCCGCCGGUUCCCUGAGAGGCGUGGAUACUUCAGAGCACCUUAUGGACGAAGCGGAUGCAGAAGAAACAGCGGCAGAAGUGGGACGCGAAGCCCCACCCACCGUUAAACCUUCCGAGUCGACCUCAGUAGAAGCGGCGGAGAAAAGCAAGGCAUCUACCGAGCAGUGGCCACCGCUGACGGAGGCUGCUGAUGCGAAGGUCCGCAAAAAUAACGACCUCUGCGCUACACCGGCUGACAACGACGGGGACAAGCCCGCGGACAUGGACAUUUCGGAGGCUUCGACUUCCAGUCCGUCAGCCAAGCGGGCUCAUGAGGACACUGGCGAGGCAACAACGAACGACGAUGGUGAAGGACAACCCCCGAGCAAGACGGCCCCCAUUCGACGGCCCACUUAUCGACCUCGACCGAAUCUGUCCACCAGCAAAUCGGUGGCGGCAACUCCGCCACCUGCGCCGACGUAA